AUGGCAGAGAUGGAAAAAGAGGGCAGACCUCCGGAAAAUAAAAGAAGCCGAAAACCAGCUCACCCGGUGAAAAGGGAAAUAAAUGAAGAGAUGAAGAGUUUUGCAGAGAACACCAUGAAUGAGUUGCUGGGCUGGUACGGCUACGACAAGGUGGAGCUGAGAGACUCUGACAACCUGGAGAUCGGGGAGACGCCACAGCACAUCUCUGUCCUCAAAGAAAACUCGUUGCCAAAAAUCCCAGCUUCAACAGAGAACAGCGAAGGCUCUCCUGAUCGAGCCAACAGCUCGCAGUCCUUGCCAGGAUCCAGGAACGGAGUCACAGAGCCCUCCACCACGCCGUCCACCUCCACGCCCAGCACCAAGGAGCAUGGCAACCUGCCCAUCAUGGUCCCCAUGAUCCCCCCACCGCUGAUCAAGCCCCCUGCAGAUGACGAUGCAUCCAAUGUGCAGAUCAUGUGCGCCUGGUGCCAGAAGGUCGGCGUCAAACGCUAUUCUCUGAGCAUGGGGAGCGAGCUGAAGAGCUUCUGCAGUGAGAAGUGCUUCGCCGCCUGCCGCAGAGCCUAUUUCAAGAGAAACAAGGCGAGAGACGACGAUGGCCUCGGUGGGAAAUUACCCCAGCACAGCUUUACUCAGGACACGCCCAGGCUUGUCUUCAAGACAAACAGCGAUGUGCUUGUGUGUGACUGGUGCAAACAUAUACGCCACACAAAGGAGUACCUGGACUUUGGUGCUGGUGAGCGGAGGCUGCAGUUCUGCAGUGCCAAAUGCCUGAACCAAUAUAAAAUGGACAUUUUCUACAAGGAGACCCAGGCUGCCCUGCCUGGAGCAUUGUGUAACCCAGGACACGGCGCUGUUGGUGAAGGUAAGCCGGAGUGUAGCGGAGGUGUACAGCUGCUCACUCCUGAAUCCUGGGGAACGCCAUUAACGGACCUCCGGCGAAAAGCUCCCUCACCAGGGGGGCCGUCCACCACCUCUGCUUUGGCUCCUUCCACUUCUUCUGCCACCUCACCCUCAGACACUGCUGCUGUCUGCUCCCCGUCCUCCUCCUCUUCAGCCAAAAUCCCCACACCCAGACCCCAUGAGAGCCCUACACUUCCCCAUCCACCUGUUCCUUCUUUGCAUCCACCAGUUGGGGUUCCCUCUGGUAGCCCUCCCAUGGUGAUGACACCCCGGGGCCCCAUGCCCCUGCCUCUGUUCAUGGAGCAUCAAAUGAUGCAGCAGAUCCGUCCACCAUUUCUUCGUCCUUCUGCCCACCCAGCAGGGCCCAACAGCCCACUGUCGAACCCCAUGAUCCCUGGCAUUGGCCCACCACCUCCCCCUAGGACCCUCGGCCCAGGAUCAAGCCCAAUGCACAGGCCUCUGCUCUCUCCACAUCACCACCCCUCAUCCAAUCCCAACCCUGGCAUGAUGCCCCCACACCCUGGUAUCCCCAUGCCAGGUCUGCCUCCUUUUCCCCCAGUCAACAUGAUGCCCAAUGGACCCAUCCCCUUGCCCCCAAUGAUGAACUUUGGCAUGCCAUCCUUAGCCCCCUUGGUACCCCCACCAACUCUCUUGGUUCCUUACCCUGUCAUUGUGCCCCUACCAGUCCCAAUCCCUAUUCCAAUCCCAAUCCCUUUCAACCCUAAAACUUCCAGGGACCAACCCGAGAGCAAUGGCUCUGUCCGCAGUGCUCCAGAGUCCUCAGAAGCUUCAGCCUCUGGACCUCACUCUCCAGGUUCCUCAGUAGGUGACAGAGGGGAGCAGAAGAUAGAGCCAAAUAGUGGAGAGCGUGCCUCCCCUUUACGCUCAGAAAGAAGCAGGACAGCAUUAGUGGACUUGACUGUGAAGGCAGAGGACAAUUCAGGUAACCUUUGUCUAACCACUGGCCCUGGAAUGAUGGACGGUGUUAUUGAUUUAACUGUGGGCCAAAGGUCAUGCCAACAACAGGUAAUUCAGAGGAUGCUACCUGGGGUCCAGGUCAAAGUAGAGGCAGAAGCUGAAUCAAGAUCUCCACCAGGUGCUGGGCUGGGGAGGGAAGGGAAAGGCAAUCGUGACAGUGGGGAAGGGACUCUCCUCUCACAGGGCCUCCUCAAUGCUUCGGAGUUUGAAGCGGCCACACAUCCUAACACACUGGAAUCAUCAGCCCCACCUUCCCGCAACAAUAGCCCCUCUAGCAAAGCUGAUCCUCCAGUGAGCCAGCUAAAUCCCUGUGUCUCCAAGCUUACUACACCACCCUUGCCCAGUACAGUACGGACCCAGCCCCUACCUCUGCCCCAGCACCAAACUAGCCCUGCUGCCCCAUGUAAUGUAAUAGUCAAUGGAACAGGAUGGCAUUCACUUCUUACUCCUGCAUUUGAGUCUUGCCCUGACCCAGGAGGAGACGGGGUUUCAGGAGAGGGAGAGGCAGAGGAGCAGCCAGCCAACGGUGACCUGGAGCAUGAGGCACUGAAAGAGAACAAUUGCUCGGUGGGUGAAUGGGAGCCAGGAAAGCGAGUUUCGGCACAAGAUGAGAUAGUGGACACAGUAGAGGGUAAGCCAGAUCCUGACUCCAAUUUGGAGGAGGGUGAGCAUGCCUAUGCCCUGCCACUACUGUCAACCGGAGGCUGUGUCGUCAUCCAGCCUGUGCCAAAGCCCACCGCUGAUAAGACGGCCAUUCUGUCCUGCUCCAUCAGUGCACCAUUAUCAGCAGCUGGGAGUCCAGAGCUGGAGCCGCCGCUGAAGAGAAGGUGUCUGCGAAUUCGCAAUCAGAACAAAUAAGAUGGAUGCUCUGAGGACCGCAGUGCCAUCAACGACGCUCACUUGUCCACCCCCCACCUCCAAACCCCACCACUCCCAACUGCACCACUCCACAUGUGCACACACACACAUUGUCCUCGUCCUCACCCAUCGUACAGUCUACCAGCACCACAAAUCGCCUUCGACGACUGAUGAGAGUCCAAGCAAACAUGAUGACGUGUAUCAUAGUAGAGCGGACAGGACUCCUUUUGUCUGUGUGACAGACACUCUGAUGGACUCAACUUCCACAGACUGGAUGUCAUGGCCAGCAGGACCGCUUGACCUUUCAACUAAAGACAGUCUAUUUCUGCGACAGCAGGACUUUACCCCGCUGCUUCUCUCCUCAUUUAGACACUCUCAGCCCACACUGCCCCCUUUGACUUUAUCCACCCUCCCCUAUCUAACAAUUACUUACUGUGUUGUCUUUAACUAUGGAACUCACUGUAGUGUCUGAUAUUCAAAGCUGCUGC